CGCUUUUGGCUCUCAUUCACGCGCUUCUCCUCAUUUCCCAGCCAGGUGCUUCGCGGGGCGAGAAUCCUCCGAGAAAAAAAGCCCGCAAACAGAUCGCGGAAACUUCGCUUGCCGCGCUGGAUUUUGUGGCGCGCGUGGCAGUUCUUCUUCUCUCAGCCGAAUAGUGUCGUUUUGAAGAAGAAACAUCUUUCAACUUUACGACAAACACGGAAGAAUUACUGGAUUUUCCCCCAUUGAUGCCGUUUUGCUGCUCCUCCGGCUCUCGAGAAGUGGCAUGAUCCGUGUCUGUCUGCAGGACAGGUGAAUACUGUUUUCUCUUGGUUGGUCGAAGAACUUUUUGUUGUUAUUUUAACAGGGAACCGUAAACAUGUCAAAGCCGGUAGAUCACAUUAAGAGACCCAUGAACGCCUUCAUGGUAUGGUCAAGAGGCCAGAGGAGGAAAAUGGCUCAAGAGAAUCCCAAAAUGCACAAUUCAGAAAUAAGCAAAAGACUUGGCGCCGAGUGGAAGCUGCUCUCUGAAUCCGAGAAGCGACCGUACAUCGACGAGGCCAAGAGGCUGAGGGCUCAGCACAUGAAAGAGCACCCAGACUACAAAUACAGACCCAGACGCAAACCCAAGAACCUUCUCAAGAAGGACAGGUACGUGUUUCCUCUGCCCUACCUGGGCGACACGGAUCACCUGAAAGGACUUCCGGUCUCGGCCACGGACUCACUCUUAGGUUCCUCGGAAAAAGCCCGUGCGUUCCUGCCACCCACAUCAGCCCCUUACUCCUUCCUCGACCCGAGCCAGUUCAGCUCCAGCGCUAUCCAGAAGAUGACAGAGAUGCCCCACACGUUGGCCACCAGCACUUUACCUUACGCAUCAUCUCUGGGAUACCAGAACGGCGCAUUCGGGAGCCUGGGUUGCCCCAGCCAGCACACCCAUACCCACCCGUCGCCCACAAACCCCGGGUACGUGGUGCCGUGUAACUGCACCGCAUGGUCGGCAUCGAGUUUACAGCCGCCUGUUGCCUACAUACUGUUCCCAGGUAUGACCAAGAGUGGGAUUGACCCGUACUCAUCAGCACAUGCCACUGCUAUGUGACUCCAACACUAAAAACAGUCUCCUCUUUUGAAAACUUGAAUACAGCAAUGCAUGUACAUAAGAAGAGAGGAAUGAUCAAGACAUUUAUACUGAGGCCGCGUGGACAUGAACUUUUCACCAUCUACGAGAGGUUCCUUGGAUCCCAGCUCGGAUCUUGGAAUAGAUGUAAGGCAGGUGCCCAGAACUGUAAGAAAUGUAAAUGUUCAAACGUUUAUUAUUAUGGCUACCGGAUUUGGAUGCCUUUAAUUUUAUUUAUUAUGUACAAUUUGAUGCUAUAAUAAUGCUACUUUUGUUUGAACACUUAAUAUAAUUGUUAUUCUCAUCAUAUUAUUAUUAUUAUUAUUAUUUGAAUGACUUUGAUUUGCACAACUAACCGUUAGGAUUCAUGUUUCUUGUACAGCCUGUUGUAUUUACCAUUCUUUUUGGCACUCUGAAAUUCAAAUGAUACGACUUUAAGGAAGUGAGAAAUUCAGCGUUUAAUAGAUUAUACGGGUUAUAUUGUUUAUGAUGAUCAAACCGGCACCUAAAAGUAGACGGUCUAUUUAAAAUAUCAAAUGAAAAAAAAAAAUUCCUUAUCCUUCAAUAUUUUUUAAUUUGGACAUUAUUUUUUUCCUGUGGUUCAGUGCUAGUCACUCGUUCAUUUGAUUUCAGAAAGAACAUAAAGUUUGAAGCGAAGCAGUUCAUGUUGUAUUUUUUA